ACAUCAAGAAAUGAAAGAUGCAAACAAACAUAACCUAAUAGUUUAACAUAACCUGAAAGUUUUUCCCCUUUUAAUUUAAAUUAGUGCACCUGGUAUUGUAUUGCUGUUGAUAAAUAAUUAUUAUAUAAAAUGAAUAUUGCUGAAGAAGCUAAGGGUGAGACAAAACAUGUUUUUAAGCGAUGUACUUUUCAACAACUUAUUGCUAAGCAGCCUAACAAGAAGCGAGCUUGGAAGUCAUUGAAACAGAUCAUUUCUGCUGAAAGAUCAUUGCCGUGGCCAGAGGACUACGUUCAUUACAGUUCUAUAAACGCACCCCCUUCGUUUAGACCACCAGAAAAGUUUUCUGACUUAUCAGGUUUACCAGCCCCAUAUACUGAUCCCCAGACACGUCUAAGAUUUGCCAACAAGGAUGAAUAUGCUAUGAUCAUAGGGCUUCCUAUGGAUAUCACAGCAGGUUAUUUAGCAUUAAGAGGAGCAACAAGUUUAGUGGGCUAAACUUAUCAGAUACUUAUAAGUCCAGUAAGUCCUUACAUAAUCUAACAGUAAUUGAUGCCUUUUCUGUGGUGAUGUUUGAUCAUAUAAAUGUUAAAAUGAAGACUAUUUAACAAAACAUUUUGUUUAAUGCUAGUAUUUAUAUUACAUACUGUACACA